UAACAACAAGCCAGGAGAGGACGAGGACUUUCUGCUAAAAUGCAGACCAUUGCCUAUGGUCGAUUUCCUAUCCAAUAGGAGCUCGAGUAGAAAAAAUAACUUUUAGCAGAACUCAUUAGCGACAAUAGUUGUGAGUACACUCCAGCGGGAUGAACGACGUAUGUGUCCGGGUGGCGCUCCGGAUCCGUCCCCUGCUCCCCAGAGAAGUCCUCCACCACCACCAGGUGUGUGUGCGUGUGGUGCCGGGCUCUGCACAGGUGAUGCUGGGCUCCGACAGACUCUUCUCCUUCGACCACGCGUUUGGACCCACAGCCAGCCAGGACGAGGUGCAUGAGUCCUGCGUCCAGCCCCUGGUGGAGUCCCUGGUGGACGGAUACAAUGCCACCGUGUUCUGCUACGGACAAACGGGGUCAGGGAAGACGUUCACAAUAGGAGGGGGAAACCUGAGUGAAGAGGGAGGAAUUAUUGACCGUGUGGCCGAGGAUGUGUUCUUGUUGCUGGAGCAGAAGAGGAAGAGUGUUGAUGGUGGGGAAGCCAAAGUGCGGGUCACAUACAUGGAGCUGUACAGGGAGGAACUACGAGACCUGCUGGAGCUGCACAACAUUCACAAAGAACUUCAUAUCAGAGAAGAUGAGAGAGGAAACACAGUGGUGGUGGGAGCCAAAGAGAUGGUUGUCGCCUCAGCUGAGGAGCUCCUAAGUGUUAUAGAGACGGGCAAUGCCCUGCGCCACAUGGGCACCACAGGAAUGAACGAGCACUCCAGCCGCUCUCACACCAUCCUCACCCUCCAGCUACUCCAGUGUUGCCACAGCAACAACUCCUCCUUAAAGUCUGUCCGCUCCUCCAAACUCUGUCUGGUUGACUUAGCAGGCUCGGAGCGUGCUGGAAAAACUGGAAACACUGGGACACGACUCAAAGAGAGUGUUCAUAUUAACACUGGCCUGCUCGCCCUCGGCAAUGUCAUCCGCGCCCUCUCUGACCCUGGGCGAAAAAGCAGUGUCCACAUACCGUACCGUGAUGCCAAGAUCACACGCCUGCUCCGGGAUUCAUUGGGAGGCACCGCCCACACGCUGGUGGUAGCGUGUGUGAGCCCCUCUCACCACAGUGUAGCCGAGACUCUGAGUGUCCUGCAGUUUGCAUCCAAGGCUCGUCACAUUCGUAAUCGUCCUGGAACCACUCAAACAGAGGUGAAAACAGGUCCUACCCAUUGGGACCCAGGUGAGGCUCGACUGGGCGAGCUGGAGUAUGAAGUACAGACACUGAGAGAGCUCCUGAAAGAGAAGGAGAGAGAGAUGGAGAGGAGAGCUGGGAAAGCUGGAGAGGGGGACAUCUUCAAUCAGAUGAGGGUACCUGAUCUUGAUAACAACGGGAACCAAGAAGAAACACCACAGUACUGCCUUCUGGCUCAGGAAGCUGCUGCCUUGUUGGCAGAUAUCUCUGGUCCCACUCCCAGUCACUCUUUUACACAGCGACUGCAGGAUUGGCAGAAGCGACUGAUGGCUGUCAAUCACUCACAUCAAGCUGAGGAGAAGGACAUGCCAGAGGGUAAUGGAGAUCAAAACCACAAUGUCACCAUACUAAAGCUCAGAGAAGAACUCAACACAUGCAAGGAUGCUCUCACCAUAGAGGAACAGUUAUUGGAGCAGAAAGAUGCAGAGCUAAGACAGCUCCGAAUAGAAGUACAUACGUUUCUUCAAGAAAGAAAAACCCACCUUCAGGCCCUAGAGGAAGAAAAGGAACGCACACGUAUACAGACUGAACAACUGGUAGACCAACAGAUCACCAUCAAUCGUCUUCGCAGUGACCUUGUGACCUUUAGGGGUGCAGCCUCAGAGGGAACUCUGGAAAAAGGGGCUUCUGGGAACUCAGUCAAGAGACCCCACAGUGUCCCUCUGAUCAGACAAAGCUGUGGACAUGGACCUCCCAGGAGGAUUCAAUCCAGUCCCCCGGCAUAUUCUCUGGAAAGGGUGAUGGCAGCCUUUAAGAUGCGCAGUCAUCUCCUGCUGGCUGAGAUCGAGGAGAAGGAAGAAGUAUACUGUCCAUUCAUAAAACAGGCAGAUAGCGAAGACAGGGAUCCAGAGAUGCAGGAGGAGGAGGAGGAUGUCUCUGUGGGCAGAAUAGUAUUUAGGCGUUCUUUAAACCGAACAUGGACCAACCGGCAAAUGAAAUCUGCUGUGAAAGAGAACAACUCUGAUCUAGAUCAAACAUCUCACGGAAAUCCAACAGUGCAGCAGCCUCAGCAAGCCACAGGAAACAAGGAAGAGCACACCACACAAAGCCAUGUGAAGAACGCAAGACUAAGAGCCAGCUUGACUCAGAGGAGGAUCCAAGAUCUGUCCGUCAACAUGCGCAUGAAAGAGGAGCUCAUUAAAGAGCUUCACAAAACUGACAAGGAAACCCAGGCAGUGGGCAAACAUGGCGGGCACAGUGGUAAAGAAGCCGGCGUGUUGGUGAGACUCUCCCUGCAGAGCCAGCAGGUCCGAGCAGAGAUGUACCGCAGCCUGCAGCACAUGAGAAUGCAAAGAAAUCAGCUUCAGAGCAGCCUCAGGCAGCAGAGAGAGGCCGACAACAAGGAACCUGGUGAAAAUGAGGGGCAAAGGGCAGGAGAAUGGAUCGUAAUCAAAAGUAUUCACCAAGAAGAGUUAAAGGACAAGCUGCUUGACAGUGGUUGGCUAGAGGAGGAAGAGGAGCGUGUGCUUCAUAAGAGAGCGGAGCUGCAGGAGCUGGAGGAGGAGCUGAAGAGGAGAGAGGAGGUGCUUCUACGCAGAGAGGCCUGUCUGCAAAAGAAAAACAAACUAGAGAUCAAGAGGCUGCGCUCCAGUCAGGCUCUGAGUCAGGACCUGCUGGGUGUGUCAGUGCGGUUGGAGUCUCUGGAGGAGCAGCUGGGGAGCAGCAGCAGUGUGAGGCAGACAGGAGGAGUAACCAUGGAGGAGCUGGAGAAAGAGAGGGACACACUCAAAAAGAGGAGAGAUGCUCUGGACGGCAAAGUGAAGCACAGCAGAGUGCUAACUGUGGAGGAGCAGCAUUCCCUGCUUCAGCUGGAGGAAGCUAUUGAAGCUCUGGACGCGGCUUUAGAGUUUAAUAACCACUCCAUCCAGGACAAACAGAAAAAGUUGCUGAUUACAGACUCCUCUUCACAUCAGCCUCACAGCCCUGACCCCGCCCAACUCUGUGAUGUCGUCAGGAAGCUGAAGGAGCUUUCCCCACCUGAGGCCUCAGAGCUGCUCAUCAAAUAUUUCAACAAGGUUGUCCGUCUUCGUGAGGCGGAGCGUGAUUUGAGCUUGAAGUGUGAAGAGCUGAAGCUUCAUGCUGGAGAGCGAGAGGUGGUGCUGAGAGAGAUGGAGGUCGCCAUGCAGCGUAUAGCCCUGGAUGCAGAUCGCAGGCUAACCCAGCAGCACCAAGAUCACCAGACCAACAUCCAGCUGCUGCUGCAGAAACUAAAAGAGGGUGGUUCAGGAGAGGCACAGCAAGCUUUAGUAGAAAGACAGCAGCAUCUGGAGAAAGAGCUGUUUUUCUACAAAAGCUCCAGCAGGCAGCUUAAGAAGAAACUCAAAGAGCUUGUCAGUGAUGCCCUAAACCCAGUCGAUCAACAUUCAAACACACAGGAGGACAGACAAAAACACAAUGUGCAACUACAUGCAAGUGCAAACGAACCCCAGACGCACACUGAAGAGGUACAGAAAAGGACACAUAUUGCAACAACAUACACAAAUAUACAAGCUGAGCAAACAGACAAAAAGGCACACAACGUUUCUCAAAUGAGGAGACAUGCAGAUCAGAAGCCCCCCCCACCGAGCCCCUCCUUAUCUUCGGACCUCCAAGUACACAAAUCAACAAAAAGGCCAGAUUACAACCAGACUCCCACACAGGGGAGGAGUGACAGGGGGAACGGUUCACAGAUGACACCAGUCCGUGUGUGUCGCAGAGAGCUGAGACAGAUCUCUCCAGCUGAUCUGCAGGUCUGUAGUUCUGCCACAAGGAGGCGACAGUUCGCUGUGGAUACCAGCACAGAGUCAAUGCAAGAGGACUCUAUAGAAGUGCCCAGAAACACAGACAGAUGAUUUUAUCACGGUACCGAGUGUACAUUGGAUACCAGUUGGGUGCUAUUGAAGACAAAGAAAAUUCCUCCCCUCAUCUUGUAUCUUGUGAAAAUGUUGAUGCAUUGUUCGUUUGGAAAAAACGUAAUUGUAGGUCUUUGUGAGAUCAGUGAGAAGCACCCAUUAAAUGACUUUAUAUAGCCAAGAUACUGGUAUAUAUGUAAUGCAUAUCCAUAUUCAUUAGUGGUUCGUUUUGAAUAUCUUCAGUUUGAACCAGUUGAGUCCCUCCUCGUAGUACUGUCCUCCUUUUUAUCGGCCUUACCUUCACAUAUUUACCAGAUCCUUGCUCUGCUGAAGGAUUUUGCCUUUCAAUCAGAGAAGACCAGUGUUGUCAUGACAACCGAGUGACCCUGAAAGAGAUUCAUAGAAAGAAUUUCCAAAAACUUAGCUGUGAGUUUUCACUUGAAAAUAAAAAGCGCUAGAGUGAAAGUUUUUCAUUUGGCAAUUACAGAUUUUGGUCCAAGCUCAUGCCACACCCAAAUACAACUCUGCAGAUUCAAUUUGAAAAAAUGUAAAACCUUAUGUAUAUUGUAUAAGAAUGGAAUAUUUAAUGCAGCACUUUUCUGGUGAGUUAAAAUAUUAUUUAUGUAGACCUAUCACCAACCUCAUCCACUAAAAAGAUUAUCCUCUUUUUUUUUUUUACAAAUACCAUUCACUUAAAGGAUUUUACUUAUUUAUCAACCUGUAAUUCAUUGUAAUCAAAGUAUGCCUUGUGAAAUUGCUUUGUCUUUCCCCGUAUUUUAAGCACUGUUCGCACUUAAGAUGGCCAGAAGUUUUGUUUUUCUGAUCUACAAAAUAAUAUAAGGCUUAUUAUUUCAUUCAUGCAUUUUUUAAUACAAAUGUUUAAUGUCUAUGUGCACAAUGUACGUAACAUUAUAUGUUGAUUGCUGUGUAAAUUAUUUUUGAUAUGAAUGACUCAUUACAGUCAAAUUUAUU